AUGUCCUCCGACACGACAAGCCAGGACUCGGACUCGCUGCGGGCUUCGGUUUACGACGUGUUCCUCGAGCUUGGCGUGCUCGACGCGAACAGUCGCGUCGCGGACUGGUUCUUCGCCGAUCCUGAGGAAGAGCUGCCGGAUCGCGACUCAGAACCCUCCGCGGUCAGGUUCGAAGAUGAUGGUGCAGCAAAAGAGCCGGUGCCAGCGAAGGAGGGGGUGCCGAGGGGACGCAAGACCAGUCGCCCCACCUCGUUCUCCCGACGGUUCUUCUCCGCCAAUGGCAAAGGAUCCCUCUUCAAGAGGUCGCAUUCGGCAGGCUACGAGAGCGAUGAUGGAUACUUGCAGACACCAACGAAACAACGUUCCAAGCCACCUAUGCCUCGCUCGGUCUCGGAGGCCGCCAAGAAUCUGUUCCGCAAACGAGCGAAAUCUCCCCCGAGCAGUGAUGACAGCGACUUCCAAGACUGGCUCGAGCUCGCAGCAUCGAGCUCGCGCAUUUUCAAUCCAUCCGCCGACAACGGCGCACCCAUCGUGGCGCCUCUUCCGCCGCCAAGCUUUGCAGAGUUCGCCAGUGCGUUCACUGAACCUGCGGAUGAAGAUGCCGACAGGGACUUGCAUACGGUGGCUCUGCCGCACACGUUCCCCUUGCCGCGCGUGCUGUUCCGCCCGACGAACAGCAGCAAGCAGCGGGUGGCGCCCCCAGAUGCGGAGAGCACGCCCUCGACGCUGCGGAGAAGCCGUCGCACUCAGUAUCGUCGUCCCCAGUCUAUGGCUCUUGCAUCCAGCCCUCGCGCAGCCUCCUCAUUACCCUCCUCGCCCUUCGUCCUCGUCCCGGGAGGUUUGGAUCCGCAAACAGCAGCGACAGCGACAACACCCGCGCUUGUGUCCACCCUUGACCAUCCUGCGACUCCCCGCUCCAUCCGCCGCUUCUCGGACGUGACAGCAACACGGCCAGCGCUCAACCCCCUAUCCAGCCAUGGCGCGGUGUCCAGCGGUGCGCGACUACGACCGUCGAGCUCUCUCGGAUCGCUCCGGGCGGCGUCGGCGCCGCCGCCCGCGUCCGAUUACGAUUACGAGCACGAUCUGCGACGAGGCCGGGAGCCGGCGUUCCCCGCGCAUCCGGUGCUUCCCCAGCCGCUGUCGCCUACAAUGGGUAGUAGCGCCGAGGCGCGAAACGCGGUGAUACAGCGCUACCGCGGCUUUUCGGACGGUUUGGUCGAGCGCAUGCCAUACCGCACAUUCGUGCAGCAGACGGAGAUCGAGAACGAUGAUACGCUGGAUGCAUGA